AUGCAGCCCACACUAGCCCCAGCGCCGCAUCCAAGCAUGCAAACCUCUGCUCAGGAUCAUGCGGAUCAAGUCCUCCACGACCAGCUGCUAGCGGCUCACCAGCAGUUGUCGCAUUCGCAGCAAGCGCGCCCGCAACCGCCGACCGCGCAGCCUCCCCACAUGCAACCCAACACCGCGAGCCCGCGAGACCAAAACAACAUCGACCCGGCCAUCUCCGGCGCUUCCAUGAUGAGCGGUCCCCCACAGACUCCACCCCAGCCCGAGCCGACCGGCGGGGAGUCCCCCAAGACGUACGGCAAGCGGCCGCUCUCGACUUCCAAGCGUGCUGCCCAGAACCGUGCCGCCCAGCGGGCGUUCCGUCAACGCAAAGAGAGUUACAUCCGCAAGUUGGAGGAACAAGUCAAAGAGUAUGACCAAACGAUGGAGACGUUGAAGCAGCUACAGACCGAGAACUACCAGCUCCGGGAGUACGUCAUCAACCUGCAGUCGCGGUUACUGGACUCCCAGGGCGAGGUGCCCGAGCUGCCUGGCAACAUCGACCUGAACCAGCCCCGGGCGGACAUCCCAGUGCCACCCAACGCCUCCGCGACGACCUCGGCGGCCGCACCCACGGGCCCGCAGCCCAUGCAGGUCCAGAACCAGGCCUCGGCCUCGAACGAAGACAUGAACUCGCUCAACCGCAUAGCGGUGGCCGGGCUGGGCAUGCGCAAGCACCCCAACGAGGACACGAAUUUCCUCGGGAACAACUUCCAGGCUCGUCGCGCGCGCAAUGACGAGGGCCAACCCGACGGGUCAGACGUCACCAAAACGGAGCCCACGCACGGGCUGCCCGUGGUGUCGUGA